AAGACGCCGGGAACUCUGGGAAAUACUAUAACGGGAGUUUGCUCGCGGUGCCUCCUGGGAAAUGGGAGGCGACUUGCCCAAAUGGAAGCGAAGCCUCUUAACACGUAUCUUGUGUGCGCCUGGAAAGAAUUUCUAGUCUAGGCUGACCCUGCUUGUCAUGUCUCACGGGAUCCUUUCUCCGCCAGCCGGCUUACUGUCCGAUGAGGAUGUUGUCGUCUCCCCCAUGUUUGAAUCCACAGCUGCAGAUUUGAAGUCUGUAAUACGAAAGGACCUGUUGUCAGACUGCUCUGUCAUCUCCACUUCUCUGGAGGACAAACAUCAGGCUCCAUUUGAGGACACUGCAGAGAAGGUGAAAGUUUAUCUUCGCAUCAGACCUCUGUUAACUUCUGAAUUGGAACGACAGGAAAAUCAGGGCUGUGUCCAUAUUGAGAAUGCAGAAACCCUGAUUCUACAAGCACCCAAAGACUCCUUUGCCUUGAAGAGCAAUGAGCGGGGUAUUGGUCAAGCCACCCAUAAAUUCACCUUUUCCCAGAUAUUUGGACCAGAAGUGGGACAGGCAUCCUUCUUCAAUCUAACUGUGAAGGAGAUGGUAAAGGAUGUAGUUAAAGGACAGAACUGGCUCAUCUAUACAUAUGGAGUCACCAACUCAGGGAAAACUCACACAAUUCAAGGUACCAUUAAGGAUGGGGGGAUCCUGCCCCGGUCCCUGGCUCUUAUCUUUAAUAGUCUUCAAGGCCAGCUUCAUCCAACACCUGAUCUGAAGCCCUUGCUCUCCAAUGAGGUAAUCUGGUUAGACAGCAAGCAGAUUCGACAGGAGGAAAUGAAGAAGCUGGCCUUGCUAAAUGGAGGCCUCCAAGAGGAGGAGCUAUCCACCUCUUUGAAGAGAAAUGUCUACAUUGAAAGUCGGAUGGGUACCAGCACCAGUUUUGACAGUGGCAUUGCUGGGCUCUCUUCUACCAGUCAAUUUACCAGCAGUAGCCAGCUGGAUGAAACAAGUCACCCAUGGGCACAGCCAGACACUGUCCCAGUAAGUGUUCCUGCAGAAGUCCGCUUCUCCAUUUGGAUCUCAUUCUUUGAGAUCUACAAUGAAUUGCUUUAUGACCUGUUAGAACCACCUAGCCAGCAGCGUAAGAGACAAACGCUCCGGCUUUGUGAGGAUCAGAACGGCAAUCCUUAUGUGAAAGAUCUCAAUUGGAUUCAUGUUCAAAAUGUUGAGGAAGCCUGGAAACUCUUGAAAGUGGGUCGUAAGAACCAGAGCUUUGCUAGCACCCACCUGAACCAGAACUCUAGUCGCAGUCACAGCAUCUUCUCAAUCAGAAUCUUGCACCUUCAGGGGGAAGGGGAUAUAGUGCCUAAGAUCAGCGAACUGUCACUCUGUGACCUUGCUGGGUCUGAGCGCUGCAAAGAUCAAAGAAGUGGGGAACGGCUGAAGGAAGCAGGAAACAUUAACACGUCUCUGCACACCCUGGGCCGAUGUAUUGCUGCCCUACGACAAAACCAACAGAACCGGUCAAAGCAGAACCUGAUUCCUUUCCGUGACAGCAAGUUGACUCGUGUGUUUCAAGGCUUCUUCACAGGUCGAGGCCGUUCCUGUAUGAUUGUCAAUGUGAAUCCCUGUGCAUCUACCUAUGAUGAGACUCUUCAUGUGGCCAAGUUCUCAGCCAUUGCCAGCCAGCUUAUACAUGCCCCACCUGUGCAUCUGGGACUCCCAUCCCUGCAUUCAUUCAUCAAGGAACAAAGUAUUCAGGCAUCCCCUGGCUUAGAGAAAGAGGGUAAGGCAGACCCAGGCCUUGACGACCACACUGAAAAUGAGGCUGACAUCUCCAUGUAUGGCAAGGAGGAGCUCUUACAGGUGGUGGAGGCCAUGAAGACACUGCUUUUAAAAGAACGACAGGAAAAGCUGCAGCUGGAAAUGCAGCUCCGUGAUGAAAUUUGCAAUGAGAUGGUAGAACAGAUGCAGCAACGGGAACAGUGGUGCAGUGAGCAUUUGGACACACAAAAGGAACUACUGGAGGAAAUGUAUGAGGAGAAACUGAAGAUCCUCAAGGAGUCACUGACAAGUUUUUACCAAGAAGAGAUUCAGGAGCGGGAUGAAAAAAUCGAAGAGCUAGAAACUCUCUUGCAGGAAGCCAGACAGCAGCCAGUGGCUCAACAGUCAGGGUCUGAACUGUCCCUACGGCGUUCACAAAGGUUGGCAGCCUCUGCCUCCACUCAGCAGCUCCAUGAAGUUAAUGCUAAAUUAGAGCAAUUCAAAGCAGAGCUAAACUCUACUAAUGAAGAGCUGCAGAAGUAUCAGCAAAUGUUAGAACCACCACCCUCAGCCAAGCCGUUCACUAUGGAUGUGGAUAAGAAGUUAGAGGAGGGCCAGAAGAAUGUAAGGCUACUACGGUCAGAGCUUCAGAAACUAGGGCAAUCUCUCCAGUCAGCAGAAAGGGCCUGUUGCCACAGCACUGGGGCAGGAAAACUUCGCCAAGCUUUGACCAAUUGCGAUGACAUCUUAAACAAACAGGACCAGACCCUGGCUGAGCUCCAGAAUAACAUGAUGUUAGUGAAACUGGACCUUCGGAAAAAGGCAGCCUGCAUUGCUGAGCAGUAUCACACUGUGCUGAAGCUCCAAGGCCAGGCUUCUUCUGCCAAAAAGCGCCUGGGUACCAAUCAGGAAAACCAGCAACCAAAUCAUCAACCCCCAGGAAAGAAACCAUUCCUUCGAAAUUUACUUCCCCGGACACCAACCUGCCAAAGCUCAACAGAUUGCAGCCCUUAUGCACGGAUCUUGCGUUCCCGGCACUCUCCUUUAUUCAAAUCUGGACCUUUUGGCAAAAAAUACUAAAACUGUAGGGAAGAAGAUACAUAGCCGUUGCCCUGAGGUGGGUCAACUGCUCGACUUAUAAAAUAGGUCUCCUUUAAGCUUUACCAUAUACCUGGAACUUUAUCCAGAAUGUAACAUGUAGAUAAUAGUUGUUUUUCUCUGUUGUAUUAUAAUGACUUGUAUAAGCUUAUGUUUUUCACUAUGGUUUUUAUGCACACAAAUAUUAUAUUAAAUAAAGAUAUCAUUUACCCUUUUAUUUGGAUUUCAGAUUUAGAAAAAUUAUCUAAAACAUUAUUUUAAAAAGGGCAAAAAUUUGAUAUAAACAGCAUCUGGCCCAUCAGAACCUUGCGUAGGAACAGCAACGAGAACUAGACUAAGGCUUAAUAGGAAAUGAAUUCAAAUGGCAUUAGAUUAUACUCAAGGCUUUUUAAUAUAAAAUGAAGUAUCAUACAUUAAGAGUAAAAAUGUUCUGGGAACAAGAGAAGGAAGGCUAGAUCCUAAGCUCAGAGUGAUCCAUAGCAUCUACUAUACAAAUUGUUUUAGCAGACAUCAUAGUCCAAGUGUUUUACCUGCUACUGAACACAUAUGCACUGACUAAAACCCUCAAGAACACAAGAUUCCCUUAACCUUGUCUAGAUAAAGUUGAAAAAAAAAGUAUUCUUUGGGGGAAAAAAACAAUCACAUCAAGCAUUUACUAAAAGAUACCAGCAUGAAGUUUAUUAUCUAUAGUUAAAAAAAAAAAAAAAAAGUUUUCAAAUGCCCAUGAAGUUAUCUGUAUAUUGUCUCUUUGCUUUGCUUUUGGUAAGGGUACAGGCUAAUGCUAUAUAGCCAUCUUUGCCCUCAAGAGCCAUAGUUCAUGCUCACUGAAAUUUUUUUAGUCCAAUAUGAAAGCUUUUAGAAGACUCCUUACCAAAACUGUCUCCCAAGGAAUACAUGUACAGCUCUACUCUGUUUAAACCUAAUCUUUUAAUUCAGAAUAGAGGACACA